UCCACGUGAUGUGUUGAUUUCAAAAUACGGAAAACAUUACUAGACGGUAGUAAUAGUAGUCAAUGAAAAGGUUAACUGAAAUUUGAAAACAAUGGCUUUGACAGCUUCAAGGCUAACUUUUCAUAGAACUGUAUUUGCUCCUAGGAUCGGCCAACAGCUGUGUGCCUCGAGGUCGAGGAGCCGGUGGUACUGUAACCAAAAGCAGGAUGCAGCAAGCACUGAACAGAAACAUAAAAAGGCUACAUUUCCUAAGAUCUAUACAAAGACAGGAGACAAAGGGUAUUCCAGUACAUUCACAGGAGAGCGGCGGCUGAAGAAUGACCAAGUGUUUGAAGCUUUGGGAACAACAGAUGAGCUAACAUCAGUGAUUGGGCUUGCUCGAGAAUUCGGCUUAGAGUUUGGCCAUAGUUUUGUGAAUGAAUUGGACAAUAUACAGUGUGUUCUACAGGACGUUGGUUCCAAUAUUGCAACACCAGUCUCCUCUGCAAGGCAAAGUCAUUUAAGUAAAACACAGUUUAGUGAAAAGCCAGUCUUGGAACUAGAACAAUGGAUUGACAAGUACACCAGUCAGCUUCCACCACUUACCAGUUUCAUUCUACCGUCUGGAGGAAAAAGUAGUGCUACGCUUCACUUGGCGAGAGCAGUGUGCCGCAGAGCAGAAAGAUGUGUUACUCCCAUAGUCCAGGCUGGUGAAGCAGAUCCAGUUGUUGCCAAGUACCUAAACAGAUUAAGUGACUACCUCUUCACUGUGGCAAGGUAUGCUUCAAUGAUAGAAGGAAAGCAAGAGAAAAUAUACCAGCGUGGGGAUCCAUAAUAAAAUGCACUCUACAGCAAGUUUUUCCCCAUGUAAUAUAGUUGAUUCGAUGUUAUUACUGCGUGUUUUUGUGUAUGAGAAAAAAUAAAUAAAAUGCAAUGUUUUUAUAACUGAA